GCUAAUCUCGAUCGAUCCGAGAAUCGGGCCCCGUUCGACACCACACUCAGCUCGUGAUCAGUGAACAGAGCCGCCGCCGCCGCCGUCGUCGAAGAAAGAAAAAGGCAGAAGCAGAAGGGAACAUGAAUCCGGCACUCGCGUACGUGGUGGUGUACGUCAAGGACGUAGCCAAGUCGGUCGCUUUCUAUGCUAAAGCCUUCGGCUACACCGUCCGUCGCAUCGACGAGUCUCACCGGUGGGGAGAGCUAGAGAGUGGGCAGACCACGAUAGCGUUCACGCCGCUGCACCAACGCGAGACCGAUGAUCUGACCGGGGUGGUCCAAAAUCCCAAGUCCGGCCGCGAUCGCCCCCCGGUCGAGGUUUGCUUUGCUUACAGAGAUGUCGAUGCCGCAUACAAGAGGGCAGUGGAGAGCGGCGCCGAGCCAGUGAGCAAGCCGGAGGAGAAGGAAUGGGGACAGAAAGUGGGGUACGUCCGGGACAUCGACGGGAUCGUGAUCAGGAUGGGGAGCUACGUUCAAGCGCCGAAACAAGACUAAAAACUUUCGAUGAGAUCUGCUCCGUCCUCCUUAUAGUCUCUUUUCUACGUGUUUGUAUGCUCCCAUAUUUUGAGGACAUGGGACUGAGUCUACUUUUCUGAAAAAAUAAGAUGCCAAAUGCCGAUUUUCCGCAGUUCAUUUCAUGUAUAAGAGCGCAUGGGAUGCGCGUAGAUGCAGCUGCGCCUUUGGCCUCUGGUCUCGUUAGGUGAAUCUGAUUGUACUUUGGAGAAGUUUACAAUGUGAA